AUGCGCGCCUCAGUUAUCAUUCUCGGCUUCCUCGCUACUCUCACUGUUGCACUUCCCGAAGCAUACCCCAAGGCCGUGAUCGCAUGCCAAUCUGACACCAUGGCUUGCACAGCUGCUAACUGUGCUAUCGAAGGAUGCUGCUGUGAGGGACUUACUUGUGGAUCUAAUGGUACUUGCACGCCACUAUAA